ACCCCUGGUGUCAUUUUUUCGAGCUACAAUUUCAAACAGCAAAGCUUCUGUUACUGUGGGCUUGGGAGGAGUUGCCAUGCGCGGCUCGGACGGUGGACUUCUCAGGAAGCCUCUGCCCGUCAGUGGGGGCAACACUGCUGAGAAUUCUGGAGCUUCCCUGCACCCAGCCUCAGUUGUGACUGUCACCAGCACCAGAAAAGGCCCGGUAGGGCUGACAGGACGCUAUUCCACUCCUGGGGACAAGACCGGUUGGCAUCUGCUUCUCUGUGUCUAAUGCUCCACUGGCCAGUAAGAUGGACUUCAGGAGAGAGCUCCAGAGAGCGGACAAGAUGGGGAACGCUAAGAGCCUGUCGGACCAGAAGUCACACGCAAAGUUCUCGCCUGAGGAGCAGGCUGAGGUGGACAGGCUGUUUGAUGCUCUGUCAUCUCAUAAAGGCGGCUUAGCAAUGGGGACAUUCUCUCUGGAGGCACUGAAGAGCCAUGUCAAGGAGGCUCUUCCCCACGCGAUGGUCACCAGACUAUUUAACGGCAUGUGGAAGGUCAAGGCCACCCACAAGGUCCCCGUGGGCCAGAGGCAUGUUUCCCGGGAGCAGUUCACAGCGUUCCUGGCCCACCUGUUGAAAGGAAGCUUUGAGGAGAAGGGCCAUGUGGUGAUGCUAAUGCUCUCAGCUGCGGAGGGGCCUGUGAAGGCCAGAGACGUCCAGAAGUUCACAGAGGACCUGGUGGCCUCUUUUGUGCACGUGCUGACCCGCCAGCGUGAGCUUCGAGGCUGGACGUCGAGGAAACCCGCUGUGCCCCCGGCUAGCAUGCAGGCAAUGACUGCCCAGCUGCUGUCAGAAAUGAAAUUUCAAGAUGGCCACAAGUUUCUGGGCUCUCAGUCCCUGGACCAAGUGUGCGACCAAGCCGUGAUCCAGGACUGGGUGUUCCAUGUCCCUCACGUGGGGGUGUUUCUGAGUGUGGUGGUCCACAGGGGCCUCCACCUCCUGAGCUCACCCCUUGACCUUUCCACGCUGGUCCCCAAGUGCCAGGUGGACCAAGGGAGGCCGUUUGAGAGCAUUCUGGACGUGCUGUCUGUCAUCUACCUCAACUCCCACCUGGCAGCAGAGCAUCGGCAAUCCUGGCGCCUGCUGUUCUCCACACAGCUCCACGGGCAGAGCUUCUCACAGCUGUGCAGCCAUAUCACGUACCAGGGGCCCUGCCUGGUUGUCCUCGAGGAUAGAGAUGGCUACAUCUUUGGUGGCUUCGCCUCCUGCUCUUGGGAGGUGAAGCCUCAGUUCCAAGGGGACAACAAAUGCUUCCUGUUCUCUGUCAUCCCCAGCAUGGCCACGUACAUACCCACAGGUUACAAUGACCACUUCAUGUACUUGAAUCAGGGACAGCAGACCAUGCCCAACGGACUGGGCAUGGGCGGGCAGCACGGUUACUUUGGGCUUUGGGUGGAUGCCGACUUCGGGAAAGGACAUAGCAAGGCAAAGCCCACAUGCACCACCUAUAACAGCCCACAGCUGUCUGCCCAGGAGGAAUUCCAGUUUGAUAAGAUGGAGGUGUGGGGACUUGGCGACUUCUCAGACACUCGUAACAAGAAGAGCAUCCUUGACUCAAACCCUGAAGCCCACAUCUUGUUGGAGAUCAGUGGACGGACUCGUCACAGUGAAGGACUUCGAGAAGUCCCGGAGGAUGCUGACGAGGAUUGAAGCACCUGGACCGUGGGCUUCCUGGAGCAAGGGCGGGGACUCCUCAGGGAUGCAAUGCACACAGCACCCAGAUUACUCACUGCUGGGUAAGGAGAGCUCUUCAGACCCUCCGCCCUCACUCUGGCUUAGCUUCAACACAGAGCCACACGGUCACACCCAGGCCAUCGUGGACAUACUUAAUCAGAACACAGCCCUGCCAUAUCCCUUGGAAGCUAUCACUGAUGGACGUCGCCUCCCAAGGGUCCU